AUGUCCCGUCGAGUCGGGCGUGUUUCAGUCGUGGCUUUUCUGGCAUUGAUACAUCUCCGGCGCUGUUGGAUAAGCUGGCCACUUGGUUCGCGCCGGAGUCCUGUGACAUAUCGACCCACAAUGCGUUCUGGACAGAAUUCUGCGCAGACAAGCCAGAACGCGGAAGCUUUGGGCAAGCAAACACAGUGGCAUGUGGGCGUGAUAGGGGCCGGCGUUGCCGGUUUGGUAUGUGCACGCGAGCUCCGGCGUGCUGGGCUUGGCGUCGAGGUUUUCGAAGCAUCUGAUGGAGUCGGUGGGCGAGUUCGCACCGAUAUGGUGCCUCUGCCAGGUGCGAAAAGUUCGACAAUGGAGUCGGCAAAGCGACCGUUUCUGCUUGACAGGGGAUUUCAGAUCUUGAUCGAGGCCUACCCGGAAGUACGAAGGCAGUUGGACUUGCAGAGCCUUCGGUUGCGAGGCUUUGUCCCAGGUGCUGUAUUGGCAUUCGGUGGUGGAGACUUGCGGAUUGUCGCAGACCCUACCAGGAGCCCGAAGUACUUGUUCAAAACCUUGUCAGCCGGGAUCGCCAACUUCCGCGACUUGCUUUCUUUGGGCAUGUUGCGUCUCAAGCAGGUGUUUCUCGAGAGGCCCUAUGCUGCCCUGGAGCGCAGCUCCAAGGCUGGGGCGAGAAGGAUAAGUACAGAGGACUUCCUCACAGACUCUCUGUGUCUGUCGUCGAAUCUGGUCGAGCGCUUCUUGCGCCCGUUCUUUGAGGCAAUCUACGUGACGCCGCUGAGAGAGCAGUCAUCGGCUUGCUUCGAGUUUGUGCUUCGCAUGCUCGCUGAUGGUGGGACUUCGUUGCCCUCCACGGGAAUGCAAGCUAUCCCCGAACAGCUUGCUGAAGGACUGAUGAUACAUUUGCAGUCACCGGUGGCUGAAAUACGCCAGAACGGACUUCGCUUGGAGUCUGGAGAGUGGAAGGACUUUGAUGCAGUCGUUGUUGCUGCUGAUUGGCCUUCAGCCGGAAAGCUUGCGUCGGAAAUCUCGGUUGCACAGGGGACGCAGAGCAGCACUUGGUAUUUUGCGCUUCCGUCCCCUCCUCCCGUCAAGGAUCCGAUAAUCAUCUUGAACAGCACUCUCCAGCAGAGUGACUCGCAGGGCUCUUUUUCGCGCAUCGUGAAUGUUGGUUUCCCUUCGAUUGUGCAGCCUACCUAUGCCCCAGAUGGCUGGGAUCUUGCUGCUGUGACGAUCCGUGGAAGUUGUGACGUUGAGGAGAGCUGGGUCCGAGGGGAGCUCAGAGCGCUCUUCGGCCUCGGCUCGGAACUCGACACGUGGCAGUUGCUGCGAGUCUACAACUUGGGCUUUCAUCAGCCGCAGCAGACGCGAAGACUCUGGCCACCUCGGGAGCCUUUCCUCGGCGAGAGCGGUGUGUAUCUCUGCGGGGACCACUGCGCGGAGCCGACGCUGGACUCAGCCAUGCGAUCUGGCAGACGGGCUGCCGAAGCCAUCCUGCAGGCGCGGUGUGCAGACCUAGGUCGUCGGCCGCCAGAACGGUCGAAGCCGGUGGACAUCAGCAGACUGAUCUAUGACGGCCAGGACGUGGUGUCAAAGCUUGACUCUCAAAGCCGAGGGGCAGUGCGCUGGAACAUUCACAGAACCGAUGCAGUCAGGUUAUCCAGACUGAUUACUGCGGCUGGAAAACUUCGAGACUGGAGGGGAGCUCUACAUUUGCUGGAAGGUUCGGCCUCCCAGUCCAUUCGAAGGAAUGCCGUGCUCUUCACCUCGGCGAUGCAGCCCUGUGUAUCAGCACAGCAGUGGCCCGCUGCCCUCGCGACAGAGCUGUCGAUGCGGCAAGCCGGUGUGAAGCCAGACCCUGUGGCCUCCAACACCCUCAUCAACGCCGGAUCCCGGUUUUCCAACUGGCCCUUUGGCCUCUGCAUCCUGGAGUCUCUCUGUGAGACAGAUGGAGCUCUGGAAGACCGCCGACGUCUUGGCUUGGAGGUUCCCGAGCCGAGCUUCGACCGCACCACCUUCAAUUCUGCCAUCACCGCCUGCAUUGACGGGAAGACCUGGAACACGGCUGUGUGGCUGUUUGGGAGCCUCAUCAAGGAGAGCCUGAAGCCGGACCACGUGACUUUCACCGGCGCUGCCUGUGCAUGCGCCAUCGGAGGGGCAUGGAGGAGUACCCUGGAGCUGCUGUCUGUGCUUCCGCCGCCGAUGCAAAAACGUCGAGCAGGCUCCCGGCUUAACGAAUUGACACGCAGCAUCGUCUACAAAGAUCGGCUUGGGGAGGAAGACGAUGAAAGGAGCCUCCAUGUUCUCCGAACCUUUGAGGUGCAUAAGGAACUCUCCAGGCUGCGGAAAGAAAGGCCGGUGAUGCAAAGGAACGUGCGCGACAGGACCUGGACUUUCUUUCGAUAUUUGGCGCAGGAAGUGAGGGUACAAGAUAAGGAUAUUAGGAAUAUGGGUAAGUGA